AUGACUUCACACACAGAGAAGAGUACCGCAGAAGAAGACUCUGAUAUUAUUGAGUUCUUAAACCGUAAGUUGGCAAAUCUUUCAGUGGCAUCUGAUGCAGCAGAAGUAUUAGGGAAAAACGAUGACGGCUUGCCAGUUUGUGAAGUGUCAAUGCUGUUGCCUCAAUAUGCGCAAGCUGUUUAUAAUGCACUUCAUUCUUCGGUGCGACAAUUACGACUUGCUGCAGUUGUAAGAUUACGAAAAUAUCUAUCUUUGCAAAAUGUUGAUGAAAGAGUUGAUAAUGUCUUGGCGUUGGAAAUAAUACCGUUAUUGAUAGAAUUUCUUGAAUCUUAUCAUGAUAAUUUAUUACAAUAUGAAACUGCUUGGAUAAUUACUAAUAUAGCCGCUGGUUCUACGCAGCAUACACAAACUUUAGUCGCUGGUGAUGUAACUCAACAUCUUAUCAAAGUACUCACCACGUCAACAAAUAUCGAAGUUCAGACGCAGAUUAUAUGGGCAUUAGGGAAUAUUGCCGGUGAUGGUGCCGUUUUCAGAGACAUUAUAUUAUCGGCUGGAGUGAUCGAACCUUUACUCUAUAUUUUAACACAUUACGAUAAAUACGACUACAUGGCCGUUAGAAUAACAGUCUGGGCAACCGCAAAUAUGUGUCGUGGAUGUCGUUGUUCGGAUCCUUCAUGGUCUCUGAUUACUCCUGCUUUUCCAAUUUUGGGCGCCAUGGUACAAUUGAAUGAUAUAGAAAUUAUAUCUGAUGCUUGUGAGGAGAGUCUUACGUCUGCUGUACAUUUACCUGUAUUACGAACUCUAGUUAAUAUAGCGUCUGGGGCAGAGAAACAAACACAGUCAGUUAUUGAUGCUGGUGCAUUGACCGUUUUGACAUCAUCAUUUUUGACAACCAAAAACUUGACACUACGGCGUGAUGCAUGUCUAGCGGUGUCCAAUGUGGCUGCUGGUACAUAUAAACAGGUAAAUGCUGUACUUACAGAACCUAAUCUAAUAGAGAGUAUUGUCGCCUUACUUUGGGAUAGUGACAUGAAAGUCGUUAAAGAAGCUUGUUGGGUUCUUAGUAACUCUACUAGUUUACAUAACCCUAAUCAUAUUCAAAUUAUCCUUCAGCACGAUAUUAUAACACCUACUCUCCAUCAUUUGCGUAAUCCAGCAACUCCGCAUGAAAUCUUGAACAAACUUAUCGAUACAUUAGUUAAUAUCCUCUCAGUUGGUGAUUUGUCAGGUCCAAAUUCAUCACAGAUAUUGGCUAAUGAAUACGCUGACAAAUUAGCAUCUGCAGGAAUAGUAGAAGCAUUAUUUAUGACAUGGAAUAAUACUACAGUAAACGAAAUUGUAAAAGAGAAAGUGCGUGGAUUAUUAGAACGGUGGUUUUGUGGAUAUUUACCACGAAAUGAUCAAAAUGGUGGCGAAAUUGAAGAAGAUAUUGCGUCAAUUGAAGAACGUGUUUCAAGAUUGACCAUUAUGGGUGGCGUUUUUUAG